UAUGUGGUAAUUUUGGGGCUGAACCGGCUGAACGAAUAACUUUUUCGUCACAUUUCAUUUUUGAACGAAUGGUUCAUUGACUCAUUCGACAUUCCAUCAUCCAUGUCAUUCCAGCGCAAUUUUCGUUCAUCAUGUUGGUCAAACGAAUGAAAAGUACAAGCGGUGAGAAUGGCAUUUGGCAUUUGUGCGUGAAAUUGUAUUAGUUUUUGUAAGAACAAGUGCAUAUUUCUCACAAUAGCAGUUUCUUCCCGGUGGCCCUCGCAUAUUUGUGCAAUAAUUAAACUCCUUCAAGUGUUUGAAUUAUGUGUUGUGUAAAACCGUUUGUGUAUCGAAAAAUUUCUGUGUGAAUGGGUUGGGGUGGUUACUCCAGGUUUUGUUUCGUGCUAUGCAAUAAUGGAUUGACUUCCCGCUAACAUCGUUGGAAUUUAAAACAUUCGCGCAAGACCGGUAUGGAUGAAGGUCUACUCAAUGACCUGCUGGAGUGUUCCGUAUGUCUGGAGCGCCUGGACACCUCAUCUCGCGUCCUGCCCUGCCAGCACACGUUCUGUCUUAAAUGUCUUAAGGUAAUCGUCGAGUCCCACAAGGAGUUACGAUGCCCCGAGUGUCGGGUGCUGGUCGAGGCGAAGGUGGAGGAGCUGCCUCCGAACGUGCUCCUCAUGAGGAUCCUGGAGGGCAUGAAGAACUCCGCGCCGAGGAAGGUCAGCACCCAACGCGUGAGGACGGGGCAUGCUCAGAACCAACUAGCACAGCCGACGUCUCGAUCAGAUAAGCAGAUGCCGCACGGCAGAGCCAUGUAUGACUACAUAUCUAAAGAACCUGGCGACCUUUCAUUCAAGAAAGGCGAAACAGUGUUGUUCCAGAAGAAAUUGGAUCCGUUCUGGUAUCAUGGAGAAUGUUCCGGAAGGACUGGCAUCUUUCCAAUAUCAUAUGUACAGGUUGUAGUACCGCUGCCAGUGGCCACUGCGUUGUGCAAAGCGUUGUACGACUUUCGAAUGUCCGCGCCUGAUGAGGAAGGAUGUCUCGCUUUUGAUAAAGGGGCAAUUAUAACAGUGCACCAUCGCGUUGACGAGAACUGGGCGGAGGGUCGUCUCGACCAGCGCGUGGGAAUCUUUCCUAUCGCGUUCGUGGAAUUAAACCAAGCGGCUAGGCAGCUUAUGAACAGCACUCCAGUGAAUCGUCCCGUCCCACCGAUACCAGACCACUCGAGACCGGGACACUCCGACCAUAGACAUACCCAGCAUCCUCACCGAUACCAGCAAAUGUCCAUAUCCACACCGUCGUCCGCGCAAGGCAACUACCAGAACAUGGCCACUAUGAGCCAAUCGCAGCCAACGUUCCACGCCAACGCGCCACUACUGGCGCAGCCUUCACAAAUAUUGGCGCCAACCAACUGGGUCGACACACAACACGUUCAGAGAAACAUCAUGGAACGCCCACAAACGAAGAACCUCCUCGAUAUUAUAGACUUCACCAACGCACACAAAGCUAUAGGUGUGCAAAGCGUGUCCCGUAUUGGUGAGAACUAUGAUCGAGUAAGGAGCAAAUUCGACAAUUACUCGACGAAACUCGAUUCAACAUACCAGAAUGUGCGGGCGCAUGAACACUUUCCUAUUACCACGGGGUUCAACUCGAACAUUAGUUCGGAUUCGAGUUCGAGUAUGAACACUCCAGGCUCAACUACCACGCCAAAUACAAGUUCAAAUACUAGUACAUGUGAAAGUGCUGAACCCAGUUUGCCAAGUUCACCAGAUAAUAACACAGAGAGAAAUACAACGGUCAUAGCGCAAGAGGAAACGCAAGAGAACCAAGAUGUGAACACCUCGAUGGGAGUACUAAGUUUGAACGAGAGUUCGACGGCAACAAACACGUCUCUAAACGUUAGUCUACCGUCAGAGAGUCCAAAAUUGAAUGCAUCUACCGCGUCUAGCGCUUCGCAGAAUCAAGUGGAGUGUCAAGAGAGUGCAAGCAAUAAUGAGCCUACGAGCCUUCCGUGUACGUCGAAGAAUAUUCGCUCGAGCGGGCCCGAUUCGAUAUUGAACUUUGGACUCGGAUUGCAAGCGGCUUUAUCGCCGUCUCAUAGUAAAGAUAAUAAUUAUAUGGUGACAAGAGCGCAUAGAGACCAUCAUCAUAGAGAGAAGAGACACAGUUUGACGCCGUCUUCGCACUUGCAAGGGAAUCAUACGCAGAAUCGGCACUCCGCGGAGAUCCUAGCGACCAGCCUGCUAGAUCACACGCCAGAGAGAGAGCGAGAUAGGCCGGACCGCGAGCGCGAGCGAGAGAGAAGACGACGCAGAUCGCGAAGCAACGAACGGCCCUUACCGGCCGCGUAUGUAGCGCUCUAUCCGUACAAACCGCAGAAACCGGACGAACUGGAGCUGAAGAAAGGAGGUGUAUACACAGUGCGGGAGAGAUGCAGGGACGGUUGGUACAAGGGCUGGUGCGAGAGAUUGCAGCGGGCCGGUGUGUUCCCCGGCAACUAUGUCGCUCCACUCACCCCGUUGGCCACUAGAGUUAAACACGACAAGAACGUCGCAAGCCCAUCGUCGUCCAACGUGAAAGUGGCACAAACGAACAACGCCACCCACGCCACGAAUGCCACGAACGCCACUAGUGCUAGUAAUGCCACGAAUGCCACGAACGCCACGCCAGCGACUAGCGCGAGUGGCAAUUGUGGCAAUAACCUCGCGCCACCGGACGCGCCGCCGAGAGCUAACAGCCCUUUGGCUACUAAUGCUCAACCCUUAACAUAUCCAUGGAGUUCUCCUGUACCACAGCAAAGCACGCCUAGAUCGGAAAAGAAGGACAAACCGAAAUCGGAAAAAUCGUCCAUAUCAACGGGCGUUAGUCUCAUGAAGCGUUUGGCUGCCAUGAAAAAAUGCAAGUCGCCGCCGCCCGCCGGCUACAGUAUGGACAACCCGGUGUUCGACGACUCGCCGAACACUUCGCUGUUGUAUACACCGCCACAGCAUGCUGUUCAUGUGCGGUCGGGUUCAUGCCCAUCGCAAUUGCUACGCACGUUGCCCGGGCACUCUGCCCCUACCGGGCACGUGUCUGCCUCUACGGGGCACGCGUCUGCCCCCAGCGGGCACUCGUCUGCCUCCUCGGGGCAUAUAUCCGCCCAAAGCGGGCACAAUGCGAUGUCCAGACACAAGGAAAGGCCGCACGAUCACCGCAUGCACAGUAGGGGCAGUGCGGAGGGCCCGUGGCAGAGCCAACACCGCAAGUCGCAGUCCCUCGAUGUGACGGCCACGAGGCGGGAACGACACCACUCGCAGCCCGUUAAGGAGAGAUUUCGCUGUAUAGUCCCGUACCCGCCGAACUCCGAGUACGAGCUCGAAUUAAAAGUAGACGAUAUAGUGAUGGUCUGCAAGAAGCGUGGCGAUGGUUGGUACAAGGGCACGCUACAGAGGACGGGCCGAACGGGACUGUUCCCAGCUUCCUUCGUGCAGAGUUACCCGCCCGAAUGACGGCACUAUUGAACCAAUCACGAGCUCUGAGCACAGCCAAUCAGAGAUCAGCAUUGCGAUGUGAUUGGUCGAAAUAUUUCGCAAAUAGAAUGCGGGAGAUGACGUUCAGUACAGCUAGAUCAAAUGGCCAAUCAGCGAUCAGCAUAGUGGCGAUGUGAUUGGUUGGAAUUUGGCAAGUAGAAGAUGAAAGAUGACGUUUAAAAGUCUGACUGUGAUUGGUGGAAAAUUUUAGAUAGCUAAUCGACUAUCAGCAUAGCUAUGAUGUGAUUGGUCGCAGAAGUUCGCCGAAAGAUGAAGUUUAAAAGUCUGACUGUGAUUGGUCAAAGUGUUCACGGAUAUGGCCAAUCAACGAUCAGCAUAGCUUUGAUGUGAUUGGAUUGAAAACGCAUCUGAUUGGUCCAUUGAAAUUGGAAAAGAGAAAUUGAAAAUGUGCUCAUAACUCGCGAUUGAAAUGUAUUAUUGUACUCGGUACAGACAUUAAUUAGUUGCUGUGUUAAUUCAAUAUAGGCCAAUGGAUUUUGUAAUACAUGAUAUUGUUGUGAUGUGAUAAAUACGUCAAUAUGGGCCAUAUACUGGACCAUUACUAAAUAAUUUCACUAUACGUGUCACGGAUUUUAACUUCGUUUAACAUUAAAUGGUCAAAUUAAAUAAAACUAGAUGGAGAUUUCGAAUGCUUUGGAGGAGAAAAUAAAAUUGACACAAACAAAUAACACGAAAUACAUCACAAAUUUUCCCAUAAGAGACGCAAUUAACGAAUUUUGACAUUAGCAAUAAACGUUCGCGCCAAAAUUGGGAUAUUCAAAAUGGCGGCAUACGGACAGAUUAUAAAAAUUGUGGAUCAUUACGUAGAUCUAGAUUAGAGUAUUUCAUAACUAUUGUAUAAAACCCUUUUACAUUUAGACAAAUUGUGAAUUUAUUAUUUAGUUUCGAUACGCUUAUUAUUUUAAUUUUACGCUUUUAUUUACGAAACGACACCAGUUGAUGCUGGUUUUUAUUUAAUUAUUUGUAUGGCAAGUUUCGCGACUUAAUCACACCACUGCCAUAUUACAUCGUUUUAUGUAUUUCUAAUUAAUAGAAAAAAAAGAGUGUGUGUACUUAUGUACACGCGUUAGAAGUUAUACUUCUUUGCAGUGUUGCCAGAUCCAAAUUUUAUUUUCCGGGAGGCAUACCUAUAAAAAUCCGGGAGUCUUAGGGUAAAAUUACAAAAAUUAUCGGGAGAUUUUUUAAUAUAUAUCUUUAUUAUGUUUUUGUAAAAUUUUGUCAUUAAUUUCAAAAUUAAAGCAAUUACAAUUAUUUUUUAAUAAAUUUUUUGUAUGAAGGACUCCCGAUAUAACCGGGGUAGACAGCUUAUUACGUAACUUUGUCUUGGUUAAAUUUAUUUGGGAAAACAGCCUUUCCACAGAUGCACUUGAGUGUGGCAAGCACAUAAAACUCAAAACUGUCGAAGUUAAAUUUGGAAACAUUUUGCUGCCAUCACCCAAAUGCAUCUGGGCUAUCUUUUUCCAGAAAGCUCCUACUUCUAAAUUUUCAUCUUCCGUGUUUAACUUCGUAUUCCGAAGAAGCCGCCAUUCGGUGUCAAUCUGUUGGAUAAUAUUUGAAGGUGCUAUAUUUGGGAACCUUCCCAAUAUGUCGGCGAUGGAUAGUAUUUUGCCACUACAAACUAUUUUUGGAUCCAUAAACUCCAUUUUUUUCAAAAUUUCCAUAUCAUCUUCAAACGGAAAUCGCUGUAAUAGUUGUUUAAUUGCCUCAAUGUAAAACUCCAAACAGCGGAACUUGAAUUGUUUUAUUUCUUCGGGACUGAUUGUUAAUGUUGGUGAAGAUAAUGUCGCCCCU